ACUAUUCUUUCUGUCACAGCACACAACAACGCCCAUCGACUGACUCUCGCGCGCGCGGCCCAGCAGGAAGGAGGAGGAUGAACGGCGGUGGUGGCGGCAAGAAGUUCGGCGGCGGGCGGGUGCCGACGGGGACCCCCUCGCUGGCGUGGUCGUCGGUGGUGGUGGUCGCCUCCCUCCUCGCCGGCGCCUCCAUCGUCCACAACAUCUACAAGCCCGACAUGACUCUACCGCCGGUGGAGGUCGCGGACAGCAACGGAACCGGAGCCGGCAGCGGCGAUCGCAAGGAGAGCUGAGCUAGACCCGACGGCGCCAGCGCCGGAGCUCAAGGCUCGAGAGGAUAGAUAACUAUGGGCCACAGACACAUGUGGAGUUCUUUGUUUUGUAAUCUUCAGACAGACGUGAACAAAACAAUUCGAGCUUUUAUGUACUCUGCUUAAUCUGCUGUGCUGUAUUACUGUUCUUUGUGUGGUGAUUGAUUGAUUGUAUGUGUUAUUAUGGGGCUAGGGCCAUAUGAUAUUUUCUAUAGUUUACUUC